AAACAAGAUCAUAAUUUACACAUAAGGCCCAAAAGAUAGACAAUACUAACAUAGAAAAUGAGGCACAACUAAAAGUGAACAGUUGGCCCAGACACAAAAAGAAAAGAGAGGCCCACAACGAAAGGCCCAAAGGUUUGAAGGCAACAACAGCCUUAUCGGGGAAGACGACACGAGAGCAACUCAACACACGUGUAGGGCACAAGGUGGAAGAUGAACACGUGCCUGAUGAGUCCCCCUGUCAAUCAAUCAACCGUUUCAACGCCGACGACGAGGUCUUCAUCGGAGCUCCGACACCGGAAAACAAACAUGUCAAUCCGAUGAGAGGAGAAAGCUCAACGAAGAGCAAUCGUAAUGAAAAGGACAAAGCCGACGGAAGAACAGACCAACGCUUCAAUAAAGAUAGGAUCAAUAGCCUCAAUCGAUCUAGAGAAUCAGAUUCACCUUGACAUGAAACCCAGACAUCUUUUAAGAUCAGUAGAAGCGCGAAGAUGCAACUGCCUAUCUGAGGGGAGGAGAGAACAAUCCGAGUGUCAGAUCGAGAGUCAGUCUAAUCCAGAGAAAGCGAAAAGAAGCGGAGGUCAAGCAGGAGAACAAAACGAGGUACCAGAAAAGAACUGGGACCAAACUUGCCCACGACACCGUCAAAAGACGAUGAGAAGCAAGAAGAAAAGCCGGCGAAGACGGUGUUGAGUGAACCACCGCUUCCCAGAGUCAAAAGCCCGAACCAUCGGGAGUCAUAGACCGGACUAGAUCCGGUGAAAGCUUCGUCUCAUCUCAUCUCUGUGAAAGAUGGAUAGAGAGAGAACAGAGAGGAGAGAGACCGAAGCUAUUGUGUCACGUUUUGGGGGAGAUGAUUUCUAACAUUAUGCAGACAGAGAGAGAGAGUUGCAUUAUGCUAUUAUUAUUUCUGGAGAAUAAUUUUAAUUUAAUUUAAAAUCAAACAAACAAACGAAGAGAACAGAACAUUUGGCGAAACAAAGGAGAAAACUUUAUUGGUGACAUAUUGUCCGAAAGAAUCAAACUUUUUUUUUUUUGGUAGAUACACAAAUCAUUGAUUGGUGUUUGGUAGUUUCGAUCGCGGGGGGUCUGCUUUGGGAAUGGCGCAGCAAGGGGGAAGCUUGGACCCUGCCGUUCUAGACGACAUCAUUCGUCGUCUGUUGGAUUACAGAAACCCAAAGCCUGGAACCAAACAGGUCAUGCUCAACGAGUCUGAGAUCCGACAGCUUUGCAUCGUCUCCAAAGAGAUUUUCCUUCAACAGCCUAACCUCCUUGAGCUCGAAGCUCCCAUCAAGAUCUGCGGUGAUAUUCAUGGACAGUACUCAGAUCUAUUGAGGCUAUUUGAAUACGGAGGCUUCCCUCCUGCAGCUAACUAUCUAUUCUUAGGAGACUACGUUGACCGUGGGAAGCAGAGCUUGGAAACCAUCUGUCUUCUCCUCGCCUACAAAAUCAAAUACCCCGAGAACUUCUUUCUCCUAAGAGGAAACCACGAGUGUGCUUCCAUCAACAGAAUCUACGGAUUCUACGACGAAUGCAAACGUAGGUUCAGCGUCAGACUCUGGAAAGUGUUUACAGAUUCUUUUAACUGCCUCCCCGUGGCUGCUGUAAUAGACGAUAAGAUACUGUGCAUGCACGGUGGUCUUUCUCCCGAUUUGACCAGCGUGGAACAGAUUAAGAACAUUAAGCGACCUACAGAUGUUCCGGACUCUGGUCUGCUUUGUGAUUUGCUUUGGUCUGAUCCGAGUAAAGAUGUUAAAGGCUGGGGGAUGAAUGACCGUGGAGUGUCUUACACGUUUGGAGCUGAUAAGGUUGCUGAGUUUCUGAUAAAGAAUGAUAUGGAUCUCAUCUGUCGUGCUCACCAGGUUGUAGAGGAUGGUUAUGAGUUCUUUGCUGAUAGACAGCUUGUGACUAUAUUCUCAGCGCCUAACUACUGUGGUGAAUUCGACAAUGCGGGUGCGAUGAUGAGUGUUGAUGAGAGUUUGAUGUGCUCUUUCCAAAUACUGAAGCCUGCUGAUCGGAGGCCACGGUUCUUAUGAAUGUAAAGAGUUUGAACCCUCUGGGGGAGAGAGAGAGAAACCUUUGAUGCUCCCUGAGGCAAUGUCCUGAGAGGCCUUAAAUUUUACAUGUUAUUAUAUCAUCAUUUUACUUGAACACUUGCCAUUUAUUUUUCUCAAAACUGUAUGUUCUUAUCAUCUUCUUCUCUGACUCUCAUAUUAGACAGUAAAAAAAGUCUGCAAAGUUUUUUUUUUCUUUGGUCAA